AUGACGCCCGAGUACUACAACCACUGGGCGGGCAGCGGCGUCGGACGCCCGGUAGCUCAGACGCUUCCAGGUGUCGGGACGCCGCAGGCGACCCCGCCGUCCUACCGCCCGAUAUACUCCCCGGCCGGUGCUCCGCCGCCAGUCGCCGAGGGCACCUCCCCGACUGGCAGCGACCCAAAGAAGAAGCGCCGACGACGAGCAGAUGGCAGCCCCGGAGCCGAAGAAAAGCGCACCAAGACCGGCCGCGCCUGCGACGCCUGUCGAUCGAAGAAGAUCCGCUGCGACAUUCUGCCGAGCGACGGCAGCGACGCGCAGCCGAUCUGCGCACACUGCAAGCAGUACAACAUUGAGUGCACUUUCUUCCUGCCGAUUACCGAGACUCGGUUUAAGAAGCGGCGUGCUGCGAACGACGACCAAAACAGCGCAAAGACGAAUGGCCAGACGCCGCCGAGCGCAGGACCAGGCCGACCACCAGGACCGGGCUCGAUCCUGUCUCUUGUGCAUCCGACGGCGCCGACGCGGUCGUUUGAGGCGUACGACAUCGCCAACCACCAAAAUUGGGAGGUGUCCCAGGAUGACGAGGGCAAGAUCAAGGUGCGGGCGUUCGCGACGGGCGAUGAAGAGAACAGCGAGAAGCGCAGGCGGCUCGCGAACCACGGGCUCGACGAGAACAUCAUGACAAACCUCAUCAACAGCUACUACGAGUACGACCACCAGUUCCUCCCGAUCAUCCCGCGGGAUGAGUUCAUCGCAUCCGGCAAGCCGCACCCGUUCCUGCUCUACUGCAUGUGUGCGGUUGCGUCGUGCAAGAGCGACUUCCCCCGCAGCGUCUUCACGCGCAUGCGCGGCAUGGUGAACGGCCUCCUGCGCGCAAACGAGAUCAUGUCCAACCCCACGAUAGAGCACAUCCAGGGCCUGCUCAUCAUCUCGCCCGUUGGGGAUCUGCACGCUCAGCCGGCCGCCGGUACGGCGACCGCCGCCGCGAUGCGCCUCGGAUGCGCUGUGCGCAUGGCGCAGGAGCUUGGACUUCACCGCGAGACAAAGCCGCCAUCAAACCCCACGGCAGCCGACAUUACCCAGCUCGAGCUGAAGCGGCGCAUCUGGGCGGCCUGCGUGUACAUGGACAAGUGGUACGCGGCCCAUCUGGGGACGAUGCAGCAGGUCGACGUGCACGACUGCGACGUGCUUGUGCCGUCACCGUACAAGAUUGACCCGUCUGUCGAGUCGUCCAAGUGGGAGAUUGACCCGCCCCUCGCCCACAUAGGGGAGAGCAUGAAGCUGGCAUUACUCGUCGGCCGCGUUCUCAAGCUCGUCUAUGGCCCGGCGGGGAUGCACCACUGUACGGACGAGCAGCUGAAGGCUCUGAACACGGAUCUGCGACAGUGGGCGAUCGACCUCCCGCAAGUGCUGCGGUUCAAGGGUCGGGAGAGCUCUGCGCUUGCCGGCCUGCUGCACUUCCAGUACCUCUCUGCCAUGUUCCUCUUUUGGCGACCGUUCCUCCGCGUCGUGCACCCGCCACCAGCACACAUCAAGACGAUACUCGACCUGCGCUCGUGGCACGAGCUGGUGCGCGGGUCCAAGACGGCGCUCGAGUGGCUCGACAGCCAUACGCACGCGCUCGACACGAUCUACUUUUACGCGUACAGCGCGACCUCGUGCGCGCUGAUCCAGUACCACCGCUGGGCGCGGAAACGCGAACAGGAGGCACUCGACACGCUCAAGCUCGUGCGCGACCUAGUGCGCAGGUGGGAGGAAGCCUUCAACCCGGACCAGAUGAGCAUGCGGCGCAAGUCGUGCGAGACGAUGAACCUGCUGUACGAGGCGGCAUUGAAGACGAACCCGGUGGAGAACGACACACGUUCCGAGGCCUCGGGCACCGGCUCCAGCGGGGCCGUGACGACGACGAGUGUCGAGCGCCCCGCCUUCGGCCACCGGCGGGGCACGUCCAACAUCAACCCCAACAUCGAGGACCUGGGCAAUGUCGAGGGCGAAGGGCCGACGCAGGUCAGUUACCGCGCCGCGGCGGAACGGGCGUCGGUGUUUGACGACGCGGGCGACUUUGACUUUUCCUUCCUCGACGCUAUCCCCGAUAGCAACUUUGACUGGAGCGGGUGGGGCCAGUACUUUGACACGGUCGACAAGAUGUUCCCCACGCCCCCGAGCGCGCCGAGCAACGCGGACGCCUAG